AUGGUCGGUGAGAAGAAGGUUGCCAGCGAUGCUCCGCACUACGCACCGGGCUCGCUCGGUGAGCAUGCGCGUGGCCGGCAAUUCAGCGUCGACCCCGAGGAUCAGGCUAUGGUGCACACUGACCAGAACAUGCUUCACCGAGAGCUGAAAGGCAGACACAUGCAAAUGAUUGCCAUUGGUGGUGCAAUUGGUGCCGGUCUGUUCAUUGGUUCUGGCAGCGCUUUUCAGACUGGAGGACCUGCCUCUGUGCUUCUCGGUUUCAUGAUUAUUGGUGAGUUGUCUUUUGCAAGUACUGAGGCUCUCGCCGAAAUGUCCGUCAUGUAUCCAAUCAACGGCGCCUUCACGAUGUACAUCUGUCGCUUCGUUGAUCCUUCCUUAGGGUUUGCGUGCGCAUGGGAGUACGCUAUUAGCUGGCUUACUGUCCUUCCCUUUGAGAUUUCAGCUGCCUGUAAUAUUAUCCACUACUGGCCCGGAUCGGAGGGUAUUAACAAUUCUGCUUGGAUCGUCCCGCUGCUUGUUGCUCUGGUUGCUAUUCAAUUUUUCGGUGUGAAGGGUUAUGGCGAGGUCGAAUUUGUCCUCAGUAUCAUGAAGAUCAUCGCUUGCAUUGGUUUCAUGAUCCUCGGAGUAAUCAUCAAUUGUGGUGGCGUUCCGACAGACGACAGAGGCUACAUUGGUGCAAGAUACUGGCAUACUCCUUAUGAGGCUUUCCUUAAUGGUUUCCACGGCUUCUGUAGUGUUUUCGUCACCGCUGCCUUCGCCUACACUGGCACUGAGCUGACCGGACUGGCUGCUGCGGAGACAAAAGACCCAAGGAAAGAGAUACCGAGGGCCUCGAAACAAGUCGUAUGGCGUAUCGCCAUCUUCUACGUUGUCAACCUGUUCCUCGUUGGCCUGAUAGUGCCGGAAAACAGUCCUUUGUAUAGUGGUGAAGGUUCCUCGUCACGCCAUUCACCAUUUGUCAUUGCAAUCCAGCUUGCCGGCAUCAAGGUCUUGCCAUCGAUCUUCAAUGCUGUUAUCCUGAUCGCUGUCAUGAGUGUAGCCAACUCCUGCACGUUUGGCUCGACUCGAACCAUUCAGGCUCUCGCUGCAAAUGGUAUGGCUCCCAAGAUACUGGCCUACGUUGACAAGAAAGGCCGUCCACUGUCUGUGGUCAUUCUGCAGCUUCUCUUCGGAUGCCUGGCAUUUAUCAACUUGGCAGAUAAUGGUGGAACGAUCUUCAAUUGGCUCCUGUCAUUGUCGGGUCUAUCUAUCCUCUUCAUCUAUGGCAGCAUCGCUCUGGCUCAUAUUCGUUUCCGCGCGGCAUGGAAAGCCCAUGGCCACACCUUGGACGAGCUCCCCUUUAAGGCUGCUUUCGGCAUCUGGGGCUCGUAUUUGUGCUUGCUCAUCAACGUCAUCAGUCUCAUCGCCCAGUUCUACGUUGCGCUCUAUCCCAUCGGUGGCCCUAACCUAGAUGCCAAUACCUUUUUCCAACUCUACCUCGCGGGUCCUUUGCUCAUUUUCCUAUACGUGGCCUGGAAGUCCUACAGCUGGUUCGCUUACCCAGAAUCGCGCAAGCUGUUCAUCCGAGCGAAAGACAUCGACAUCUACACGGGCAUGAGAGAGGGUCAGCGUGAAAUGAUCAGUGGCGCAGGCGUCUCGAGUGACCAAAGGCGCGCUAGCAUUCAAGAGAUGAAAGAGGAACAGCAAAAGAGAGGUGUCAAAGGCCAUGUCAUGGCUUUCGUUAGAAACCUCAUCUAA